AUUAAGCUCAGCCUUCAUAUAACGAAACCCUAAUCUCACUUCCUCAAAAACCCUAGCCUCUACCUCCAUUUUUCUUCCUUCUUCACAGGUAAGCAAAGAGAGAAAAGCAAAAAUGGUGUCUGGUUCAGGAAUCUCCGCAAGGAGGAUAGUGGUUGAUGCUCGUCACCAUAUGCUUGGUAGGCUCUCAUCAAUUUUGGCUAAGGAAUUGCUUAAUGGACAGCGAGUUGUUGUUGUUAGGUGUGAAGAGAUUUGUCUUUCUGGUGGACUUGUUCGUCAGAAAAUGAAGUAUCUUAGGUUCCUUCGCAAGAGGAUGAAUACUAAGCCUUCUCAUGGACCUAUUCACUUCCGUGCUCCGUCGAAGAUCCUCUGGAGGACCAUCCGUGGGAUGAUUCCCCACAAAACUAAGCGUGGAGCAGCUGCUCUUGCCCGCUUGAAGGUUUACGAGGGUGUUCCACCUCCAUAUGACAAAAUCAAGAGGAUGGUCAUCCCUGAUGCUCUCAAGGUGUUGAGACUCCAAGCAGGACAUAAAUACUGUCUCUUGGGUAAGCUUUCAUCAGAGGUUGGAUGGAACCAUUAUGACACUAUCAAGGAGCUUGAGAACAAGAGAAAGGAGAGAGCCCAGGUAGCAUACGAGAGGAGAAAGCAGUUGGCCAAACUCAGGGUUAAGGCAGAGAAGGCUGCUGAGGAGAAGCUCGGUCCUCAACUUGCAGUUAUUGAACCUAUCAAGUAUUAGAGUGUAAACGUAGUUUUUUUAUCGAAGGUGAAAUUUUGCUUGAGAUUGAGAUUUCAACUUAAUCUAUCUUUUAAAGAUGCUACCUGUACUGCAUGGUUCAGUUUUUGCUUCUAGUAAUAUUUGAGCAGACUCAUUGUUUAACUAUCUUUCAAAGUUAUUUAUUUUAUGGUUUUA